AUGGAAUCGCGUAUAGGAGAGGCGCUUCAAUACCUGAAUGAUGUUCCUGGCGCAAAAGUCGCCAGUGUGGCUCGAGCAUUCGGCGUUCCGCGCAGUCGACUGCGUUACCGCCUCGAAGGCCGCCAGCCCAAGGCGGGCCGCCCAGCUGCGAACCUGAAGGAAUCCCGCCCAGAAGAGGCAGCAUUGUGUCGCUACAUCGAUAGACUUGACCACAUGAACCUUGCAGUGCGCCCCGAGUUCGUCACUGACGCGGCAAAUAACAUCUUGCGUGAGCGGUCUGGUCAGGCCGAUUUUGUCAUCGGCAGCAAAUGGACGACCCGCUUCCUCAAGCGCCUCGAAGAGGUUGUCCAAGAGCAGGGAAUACCUCCCGAGGAUAUCUGGAACAUGGACGAGACGGGCUUCCGCAUUGGCGUCGGCAAAGACCAACUAAUUGUCACCAAGAGAAAGCGGGCGCACUACUUCGGCAUUCCCGAAAACAGAGAAUCGGCUACCGACAUUGAGGCGAUCUCAGCUGGCGGAGCAUGCAUCCCACCAUUCUUGAUCCUGUCCGGACAGAUGCACAUGUCUUCGUGCAUUUCGACCAACAUUCGGCCAAGACCUCGAAAAGCUCGAAACGGCUGUUGA